UGGGUGGUUUCACAUGGAACGGAGGCAUUUGAGUGGAGCCACACAUGCCUGAGCGGUGAGAGGCCCAACUCCCCUUGGCUGGCUGGCAUCCCGGAGGCGCAGGCACAGAGUGUUUAGUGAGCAGGAAGAAAAGCAAAGUUCAGAAGGUGUAAACGGGAUCCCGGUGAUUCUUUUUCAAAGGGUGUAUUUUGUCUGUAGAGGUAGUGUGAGCCAUUUGUUUUUGUAGCUGACAAACCAUGGCGGAUACAGGGGUCCAGAAAGAGCACACAGCUCUGUCAGAUGUGCCCUGCGAUGAUGACGACGUUGCCCUGGUAAGCGCCGCCGCAGAGCCAGCGAUGGACGGCGGCAACCCUGUCGAGGAUGGCAAGAGCGAAGCUCAGAUGAAUGGCGUCAUGGUCCUGGCCCUGCUUGACAAGAUCAUCGGCAUGGUGGACCAGAUCCAGCAGACGCAGGCGGGGCUGGAAGGGCGGCAGGAGACCAUGGAGAAGUCGGUGUCCACCAUCCAGGGGGAGAUUUCCAAGCUGUCCAAGAACCAUCUGGGCACGUCCACCACAGUCACUAAGAUGCUGGACAAGGUCCGCAGAGUCAGCGUCAACGUCAAGUCGGUGCGCAGCAACCUGGAGAAGCAGGCGGGCCAGAUUAAGAAGCUAGAAAGCAACGAGAAUGAGCUGCUCAAGAGGCGCAACUUCAAAGUCCUCAUCUACCAGGACCAAAUGAAGGCUGCAAAGAUACCUAAGCCAUCAGAGGCGGUCUCUGAGGACGGGACUGUGGAGGGUCUUCAGCAGAUACCCGAGGACGGCAAGCUCAACUCGGAUGACGAGGUGGAGAUCGAGGAAAUCGUGGAGGAGUCCCGAACCAAGCGCCUGCAGCUCUCCACUAAGAGGCAAGUGGACAGCAUCAAGAAGGCCUUCUCCAAGGAAAAUGUGGAGAAGACCAAGCUGAAGACCAAGGAGAACCUGGAGAAGACCAAGCAGAGGACCCGUGAAAAUCUAGAGAAGACCAGGCAGAAAACCCGCGCCAACCUAGAAAAGACCAAGCACAACCUGGAGCAGAAGAUGAACAAACUCGGCACCCGCAUGACCCCCAAUGUGGAACGCCGGGUCAAGAUGAAGAGCUCCAAGGAGAAAGUGAAGAAGUCCCUCACACCCGACCACACCGUCUACGCCCGCUCCAAGACCAGCGUCUACCGCGUGCCCCCCUUCACCUUCUACGUCAAGAAGAUCCGCGAGGGCGCGGAGGAGGUGGCGGUGGCGGACCCUGCCGCCACGGCUGAGGAGACGGAGGCGGGCGGCGAGGAGAACGGGCUGGGCGUGCACGUGGAUGCGGUGGAGGAGCAGCUGGUAAGCGUCGACAGCCUGGAGAUGGAAGCCAUGCUGAAGGACCCUCAGCUGGUAACAGUGGAGGCAGACCACCUAGAGAAGACCCAGCGUGACUAGAGAAUCCAUCCCAAUAAACGGCAGAGGAAAAACGUAAUCUCCAUGAGGACACAUCAGUAGCCACGAGGACUCGAUGCAAAUAUUCACACCUGUUCCAUUUUUUUUUCUAUGUACCCAAAAGUGUUUCAUAUUCACUUCACUUUUCCACAUUUCAAGGGAAACUAAGCAACGCUAAUAGGUGACACCUUUUUACACAGGACCGGUUAAUGCUUUUCACUUGUUGUUUUCAUGGAUAGAGUGCCAGCUAGGAUAGCAAAAAGGUAUAAAUAUUCUUUGUUGUUGUGAUGUAUAGUAAUAUAUUUGCCAUGUUCGGUAUGCACACGUGUGGCACGAGGGUAACGGAAAGUCGUCUGGAAGGUUUCAGGGUAGGUCUUAGGGUGCUCCUGUGGUCAAAAGUGAGGGUGAGGGGAAAGCAAAGUUGCCAUAACAACAUAACGAUUCUCACAAGGUAAAAGAAAAACAAAUAUAAUAACAUCUCAUUAUGGAUGGACAGUUGAUUAAAUCACCUCAAUUGAUUUUGAACAAAAUUAAAUGAUAUUUUUAAUGCCAUCGUUACUCUAUAUAAGUUCUGAACUUCCCUUUCCAUGUCAUUGUUGUACGCAACGGAAUGCACGGUGGAUAUAAAAAUGAGAACAAAAAGUUAACUCGUUCCAAAAAUGUUUUUCCUCUGUGAUUGGCACCUACAACUGACAACAACUGAAAAUCUGAAAUUAUUUUCAUAGAGGAAGUUUAAAAAACAAACAAAAAAAGAACCAAGCAAAAAAAACCAACAACAACUGAGAUAAUUAUGUUGCACAAGUGCACACACAUCUCAUAACUGGGGAUGUGCGGUUGUGAGGACCUGAAAAAGGUUUCCAUAAUCUGACUGUAACUAUCAUGAACGUAGAGCUAACAGGCAAUGUUCUGGCAUCCACUUUUCCAUCCGUAGGUACACAGUAUCCAUUUCCUAUGCUUAGAUACUGUAGUGUGUGACUGUGACGCCAUUGCGGCUGUUCACAAACCCACUAUGUAGCACAAGAGGCCCUCCAAAUAAUCAAUGAGCUUUAGAAUGAAAUGAAGGAGAGUGCUGCCUUCGAGCAGCUUGCAGAGUACAGAACAAAACAAUGAAUACCAGAAAUAUGAAUGAAUACCAGAAAUAUGAAGUGUGUGCUGAAGUGUGUGUUAUUCUAAUGAGCUGUGAUGCACCCGAUAGCGAUUUAAUUGCACCAAUAAGCAACAAUACAGUAGAAUCAGAAAAGGGCUCAUAUAGUCUUUAUGCAUUACAGUAUUGAAAUAAUCAGUUACUGAUGAGUGUACGGCAAUGUUGCGUGAAUCAAGCAUUGAUUUACCUGUAAAAUAUAGUAUUAAAGUAAGGAAAUCCACAAAAUGCUGUAAGUAAUGUACUCUAAAUAUUGUUUUUCUGAGUGCAUGGCGUCUCGGGGUGGGGGCGGGGGUUCCCCUCACCUGGGCAAACAUGAAAACUGAAAAAAGACAGGAAUCAUACUAUUUAAGCUGUGCCAUUCGAAUAAUAAAGCAUGAAUAUUUUUCUCC